UGUGUAAAUAAAUUCUCUUCGUUAGAAUCACUUUACCAAAACUUUUGCGGGAAAAAUUGUUGAGAAACAAUGUCGGAGGAGAAAAUGGAAACCGGUGAUGCUACUGAUCAACAAUUAAAUAAACCAGAAUCAAGUACAGGCUUCAAUGAAGUUCCUUGGGUAGAAAAGUUUCGACCAGUAAAGCUGUCUGAUAUAGUUGGAAAUGAGCAAACAAUUACUAGACUAGAAGUGUUUGCUAAAGAAGGCAAUGUUCCAAAUGUUAUUAUUGCAGGCCCCCCAGGUACAGGAAAAACAACCAGUAUAUUGUGUUUGGCACGUGCAAUGCUCGGUCAGUCGUACAAGGAAGCUGUCCUAGAACUUAAUGCAUCGAAUGACAGAGGUAUAGAUGUAGUUCGGAACAAGAUAAAGAUGUUCGCACAACAAAAAGUUACGUUACCUGCAGGGAGACAUAAAAUAAUUAUACUAGAUGAAGCUGACAGUAUGACAGAUGGAGCUCAGCAAGCUUUAAGAAGAACAAUGGAGAUUUAUUCUAAAACAACAAGGUUUGCCCUGGCUUGUAAUGCAUCCGAUAAAAUCAUUGAGCCAAUCCAGUCACGUUGUGCUGUGUUACGAUAUACAAAGUUAUCCGAUGCCCAGGUGUUGAAACGUUUACUGGAGGUAUGUGAGGCAGAGAAUGUUAGUUAUACGGAUGACGGGUUAGAGGCGAUCGUGUUUACUGCACAAGGUGAUAUGAGACAGGCAUUAAACAAUCUACAGUCAACAUAUCAGGGAUUUGAGCAUGUGAGCAGUGAAAAUGUUUUCAAGGAGAUUGGUUAUACACACAUGAGAAUAGCUGAGGGUGUCCAUUCAUUGCUCCAGAUGUCAGGAAUGUUAGCUAGAUUGUGUAAAAAAUCAGCAGAACCAAAUGUAUUGGCAUCAUGAUACUGUGAUUAGAGCUUAUGUCAGAUUUUAAUAUAGGAAAUGGACCUGUAUAAUUGUUUACUUAGUGCAUGAAACCAGAGUAUUUAACCAUACACUGUUACACAGGAAAACUUGGAGAAAAUGGAAUAUUAGAUGUGCACACGUACAAACUAGAUUUCUAGUUUAUAGAGAAUUUUACUAUUAAUGGAACCUCAACACAAAGAAAAAGCCUGUUUGAAGGCUUUAAUUUAUAAAGCAAUUUGACUCUGGAGGACACUUCCUUCCCACAUACUUUUAUCGCUACUCAAAGCACCUUUAUUUAUUGACCAAUGACAGAUAGUUGUUAUGUAUAAGUAUCGUUCAUGGGUUUCUAGCUUUAGAUUGGGUUUAAGA